CGGGGACCCGCGGGAGGGGAGGGGAGUGCAGCUGUUGAGCAGUAACGGUCCUGGUCUUGUCACUCCUGCAGAACUUGAAGAAGAGCUGGCACCCACAGACCCUGCGCAAUGUGGAGAAAGUCUGGAAAGCGGAGCAGAAACAUGAGGCCGAGCGGAAGAAGAUCGAGGAGCUGCAGCGGGAGCUGCAGGAGGAGCGAGCCCGGGAGGAGAUGCAGCGCUACGCGGAGGACAUGGGCACGGUCAGAAAAAGAGAAGAGAAGUUGGAAUGGAUGUACCAGGGUCCUGGAGGCAUGGUGAACAGAGAAGAAUACCUCAUGGGUCGCCCUGUGGAUAAAUAUGUCUUUGAGAAGACAGAAGACAAGGAUGCAGGCUGCUCCAAUGAGACAGGACUUCUCCCCGGCUCCAUUUUUGCCAAGACAGGUGCCAAUUCUGUCCUAGACAUGGCAAACAAGAUCCGGGAAGAUCCACUUUUCAUGAUAAGAAAGAGAGAGGAAGAGAAAAAAAGAGAAGUUUUGAAUAACCCUGUAAAAAUGAAGAAAAUCAAAGAAUUGCUUCAAAACAGUUUAGAUAAAAAAGAGAAAAAGAAGAAGAAAGAGAAAAAGAAGAAGCACAAGAAACAUCGACGUCGGAGUUCUAGCAGUGAAAGCGCCAGCAGUGAUGAGGACCGAAACAAAACCAAAUCUCAGAAGAGGAUGGGUAAUUCUUCCUUGAAGCUAGUUCCUUCCAAGGUCCCAGGAUAUGGCUUACAAAUUAGAGACUCUGACCAGAACCGCAAGUCUCGGAGCUCUCCAGCUGCUGGCCAGGAGAGGGCUCCCCACAAGCACCGGGAUCGCUCCAGGUCCAGGAGCCAGUCCCGCUCUCCUCAGAGGCGCAGUAGCAAGAAGAGUGCAGAACAGUCUGGAUGCGGGUGGUCAAGAUCCCCUUCUAGACACAGUAAACACAGUCGGGAGGAGAAAGGCAGAGCUAGGAGCCCUUCCCCUAGAAAGGGCUAUCGGCGGCAGCAUACUCCGGGUUACACAAGAAAGAUCUCUCCAGAGGAACUAGAGCGUAAACGCCAGGAAAUGAUGGAAAAUGCCAAGUGGCGGGAAGAGGAGAGAGCAAACAACCUCAGGAAACACCGAAAGGAGGAGGAGCUGGAGCGAGAGAUGGAGAAACUUGACUCCCGAGACGGGAAGUUCUUGCAUCGCUUAAAACUAGAGAGCGCCUCUACUUCCACUCUAGAGGAUCGGGUGAAACGCAAUAUCCACUCCCUCCAGAGAACUCCCGCUGCCUUGGAAAAAAACUUUAUGCAGAGAUGAAACUUGUUCUUCCUCUGCUUCUGUGCAGGAGUUAAAUGGACACUUAUUCCCCAAAGGUGAGAGACCUCCAGCACACAGCCAUCCGCUGGCUGCGUACACUGCUCUCUAGAGGAACAGUUGCCAUCUCCCAAAGAGCUGCUGGAUUUCUGUGCUGCAGCCUACAGCGUGUUCUAGUCUUCUGGCAUUGUGAAUACAAUUGUAAUGAGUACCUUGCAAACAAACCUCUGCUGGAGAACUCAUGAGCCCUCGUAUUCUAUUUUUAGCAUAUUGCCAGAUCUUUUCUUGCUCUCUCCACCUUGACUGGUAUCGUUUUUGUAUACUGUUAUUAGCAGAUUAUGCCUGGUGGUAGCUGCUUUCUACAUGGGCAAAUUGUCCAAACUCUUUAUAUGAUAGAGCAAAAGACCUAUUUUUAUUAGUACUUAAAAAAAAUGGAGCAGAACAGAUUCACUUGUGAGUUAACUUCAUUGAAUUUGGUAACAGCUGCAUGAGUGACAAACCAAAUCCCGCUUGGUACUGUCACUAUUUCAAGUGUGAAUUUGGAGGGUGAUGUUAGUCUGUAAAAUAUCUGUAGCCAGUAUUUAAUUGCUCACGGAUUUGAAUGAUGUUUUGGCCCAAAGGAAGUUUGUUCGAAGGGUAACGAAUGAACCGAGUGUAGCUGAUACAGCAAAUAUUUCUCUGGGAUUUUGUAAUGCAAGUAAUGUGUAUAUGUACAGCAGUGUAGAUUUUUUUUUUUAA